GUCGCCACGAACCUCAUGCACCUCCCACCAAACCCGAAGGCUUCCCUUCAGCCGUUGUGACGCGCCAACCUCACCGCGUGCAACUCCCUGUGUGCUGCCAUCAACCUCUGUUCUCUAUGUUGCUUCGCACCCAGUGCCGGUUCGGCGGGCUCAUGCAAGCGGGGCGCAGCGCUCCCGGCAGCCCUGCUUCCCGCCAGUUACUGGCAGGUGCUCACUGGCGAUUCUCGCGAGUUGAUGCACGUACUUUGAGUUCGAAAAUCUCCAGAGAUAUCCAAGACCGACUGGUGAUGCUCUAUGGAGGGACUGAGAGACGGCUUUACGAGGAUGGCGGCAUCAACACAUCUGGAAAGUUUGGUGGAAGCCAAUCGGGAAUGUACGCAGAUGAUGGCAUGAGCAGAUACCGUGCAAGUCGAUCAGGGAUUUACAUGAAUAACGACAUGAGCAGAUAUGGCGAGUACCGUGCAAGUCAAUCGGGGAUGUACAUGAAUUAUAACGGCAUGAGCAAAUAUGGCACAUAUGGUGCAAGUCAAUCGGGGAGCUAUGGGAGUGGUGCCAUGAACUACUCCCCCUGGAAUUUCCCAACGACCUUUUAUGGAGGAACUCGAGGACCCAAUCUACAAAAUCAGGGACCUUACAUUGGUUAUGCUGAGACUGGAGCAACCACAAUGACUGAUGGUGAUGAGACUGUGUGGCUUGGUGCCAGCACAAUACCUCCCUUUAGCCAUGCUCCAGGCAUGCAAGAGCGUUUCCCUGGAAUUCCAUCUCCAAUGGCCCUUGACGGUGGUUACUUUGAAGAAAGCUACUCAAUCCCCGGCCUUGGAGUCUACGUGGUUCCUGAAAAACCCUAUUCUGUGCAAACGUAUUCAGGACUUCGUGGGGCCGGGAGAGUGGGCCCGCCAGAGUGGCCAGGCUACUUUUUUGACUAUAGAUAUGAUAUGUCGUACAGGGACAGAGGUGUUCGCUAUCGGAACGUUUUGGCGUCUUUUUUUCAAGCACCGCCUGGCUAUUACCCAGGGUACCCUAUUGCAAAGCUCUCUCUAAGAGGGGCGGCAGGGUCUGUCCCCUACCAACAACAGUACUUUCCUCGACGACCAGGUGGAUACUACCCUGGUACGGUGGGCAUGGGGGGUAUUUAUAGACCAUUUGAUUACAAUGCUGGGCCUUAUGGUUUCCAAUCAUUCCAACAUCAGAGGAGUCAAGGGAGACCUUGCACAAACUACUAUGAUUGCAACCUUACAGGCGAUUUAUACGACUAUGGCACAUCUGGUAGGGUCUCAAACCCCAAAAUUUAAUUUGAUGUACGCCCUUCCCAGACAGGAAGCACAAGCAGCAGUGGGUACUACCUGGGAGGCCCUUCCCAGACGUCUUAUUACAGCCCCAUGGGAUACUUGUACUCUUCUCAGAGAGGCCCCUCAACACCACUUGGGCCAGGCUAUUACAGUGGGUACUAUGCAGGCAGACAGAACAGUUAUCGUCAGCAAAGGCCUGCAGGCGUUGCUGAUUCCGCUUAUGAUUAUAAUGAUGGGGUAGGAGGUUCCCAGUAAGGGAAACACAUGAGGUGUGCAAAGCAGGCAAGCACCACAGGGCCCAAGAAGAAGAGGUAUGGCACCCAUAGAUAUUUCUGGUACAUGGAAGGUCCCAAACCUCCCCUGUAUGAUCAUUAUGAUUGUACAGAUAGUUCCAGCCUCCAGGGCUCCAUGACACCCAGAUGACGGGAUUAAGGUGCAGUCCCAGGGUCGGCAGCUUCUGCCUGCUGGGUGGGUGCUCGCAAUUUGACAGGGGUGAGGUGGCUUUCCAACUGCACAGCGGCCCACGAGUUACAUACAAGGUGGUUUUGUCCACUCUAGUGUUCAAUGGGCAGUUAAUCCCCUCGAGAGAUGGUAAUCAAUGCUGUGCGUCACCUGUUGUUCGCAAUUAUUCAAUUUGGCUCCUGUUCCGUAUUUGGGAUGCUCCCCACCAAUAGAUGGAGCCACCCCCCAGGUGCUAGUGGUGUCUGCUCAUAACAGCACCACUAUCACUGGUAGGGACGUUUCUUUAAAUAAAAAAAAUAAAAAAUAAAAAAAGGGACGGUGGACCCAGUUUCCAGCUGCUGCCGCUCCCCGCCAAUAGAUCUGAGACACCUACAAGUGAAAAAAGAGAACAAAAAGAAAAGGAUUGUACUGRCAGUCCUGAGUAAGGGAACCGGGUAAYUCAUGCAGCACAAGCACCAUAGAGUUACAAGAGCUAACAUGUAUAUUUCUGGGUCACCAAAGGUCCAAGACCCCCUCUUUGAACAGAUAUCGGUGGAGCACUGGAUGCCACUCGUAGACCCUUUGGAGGCGAAAGUCAUAUCUUCAAGCGUCCAUCUCCACCGUUUAGAUUUAAGGUGGAUAAUGUUAUUCACUGCAACAUGAUCAAGCGGUUUGAGUCCUGAUAAGUUUCUAGAUGGGUUCAGUGAAGUACAAACUGGUAUCAUUCGAGAAGGCGUGUAGUUAUCUUCAAAGUAUUCUAGUAGUAUCUUCAUGACUUGUGUUUCUCAGCCGAAGCCAGGUAAUGGCCCUGGUAUCACAAGUAUACAGAAG